UACAACGAAGGAAUGGCGACCGCGACAGCGGCAACGACGCCUUACGCAGCUCACUUGGUUGGCCGCUCCUCCACUCGUCUUCAAUACUCCGCACUCGCUCCUCUUUUUUACCGGAACGCCGCGUUUUGGACCAAGAAGAGUACAAGAGCAAGCUCUCGUCGAGAAAUGCUUCAUCUACUAUCGCCGCUUUACCUUUCGAACUCUCCCCUCCCCCUAUUGACCAUGAUUUCCUAGAUUCAGUUGCUGCUGAAGGUGCAAAGGUUUCAGAUGAAGGGAUAAUAGAAACGUUCGACAAUGACGAUGAAGCUUUGGAUGCAUUCGAUAAUGGUGUGGGCGGUUAUGGACCUUUCGCAUUUUGGAAGGAUAAGAGUCAGCGGAGAUGAUCGGAUUCAGUUUCUUCAUAACCAAACCACUGCCAAUUUUGAAUGUCUUAGUGAAGGGCAGGGAUGUGAUACAGUUUUUGUUACACCAACAGCGAGGACUAUUGACAUUGCUUAUGCAUGGAUUAUGAAAAAGUCAGUCAUACUGAUGGUUUCACCAGAGACCUGUGGAAACAUAACUGAAAUGCUAAAUAAGUACAUAUUUUUUGCUGACAAGGUAGAGAUUCAAGAUAUCACCAAGCAAACUUGCUUAUUUGCUCUAGCAGGUCCGAAGUGCUCCCAAGUGAUGGCUAAUUUGAAUCUGGGCGAUCUUGUUGGACAACCAUACGGCACAAACCGUCAUUACAGUGUGAAUGGUAUGCCUUUAACUGUUGGGGUGGGAAAUAUCAUUUCUGAAGAUGGGUUUUCAUUGUUGAUGUCCCCAGCGGCGGCUAGUCCAGUCUGGAAAACUCUUCUAUCUAACGGUGCUAUUCCUUUAGGUUUUAAUGCCUGGGAAAAGCUAAGGGUUACACAAGCUCCUGGGAAGGAGCUAACCAAUGAUUUUAAUGUUCUGGAGGCUGGCCUUUGGAACUCGAUUUCAUUGAACAAGGGCUGUUACAAGGGACAAGAGACAAUAUCAAGACUCAUCACAUAUGAUGGAGUUAAACAGAGAAUAUGGGGUAUUCAUUUGUCCGCACCAGCUGAACCUGGCAGCCCCAUUACAGUUGGUGGGAAAAAGGUGGGGAAGCUAACAAGCUAUACAACUGGAAGAAAGGAUUGUGACCAUUUUGCUUUAGGUUACAUCAAGAGAAAAGCAGCUUCAGAUGGAGACACUGUGAUUGUCGGAGAAAAUAUUACCGGGACAGUUGUAAAUGUUCCUUUUCUUUCUCGACAAUCUCCUCCGGUAAAGAACACCAGGCCUUGAUUCAACUGAAAUUAUACGGAUAUAACUAUCUCGUUGUAUUGAUGUUGCUCAUAUUUGUGGUAUUCUAAUGUCCAUAUUUAGAGUUGAAAACAUGCAUACUUUUUAUGGUAUAUAAUGAUGGGCUGGAAUGUAACCGAGUUG